AUUAAUUUAUUUACUAUUUCAUUUAUCUACUUUUAAAUCCCUAAAUUGAUGUAUAAGUGAAAAUCUUCAAUUGAAUUUUGUAUUCAGUGUGCAACUGUAUAAUUUGGCUACAGUUUAGAUUCAAUGUUGGAGUGACACGUAGCGAUAGCGAGGCCGAGGUGGAGGCGGAGGCAUCGCGGCGAAUUAAGUCUUCGCAAUAAAGUCAACAUCGCUACACAGAUCACGGACUCCUAUCGGAGUAAACAAGUUGGCCUAAUGAUAAGAAGAGCGCCGCCCGCCCUGGCCGCCGUAGCCGCCCGGCGGACAGUCGCGCGCGCCACCCCGCACUACGCACGUCUCCUACACAACACAUUAAAAAAAAACAUUUUAAAAAGUUACAAUAAAACCAAACUACACGAAAGUUAUGGAUAAGCCGUGGCGAGAACGAAGCGAACUCGGCGUGGCACCUUGGGAUACUGAAUACAUUAAAGAUCAUCGGAGAAAUUGGAACGUCGAAUCCACUACCGCUUUAGUUGACAAGGAAUUGGGUAGCCCACAAGCUCGAGUGGCAAUGGAUCGGUGGAGCGGUAAUAGCAACGCUUGGAGUGCGGCGCUAGGAGCGAUGGGCGGUGCGGGAACCGUGCUGCUGUUUGCAGCCAUCCUCUUGAUAUGGAGGAGACCGCGCCGGACUGAGCCCCACACUUUGGCACCAAUGGAUGUGGGACAAAAUGCGUUCAAAAUACAGUCGUGA